CUCUCUCUCUCUCUCUCUCUCUCUCUCUCUCUCUCUCUCUGUCUGUGGCCAGGGCUGUGUUACGAUGGCGAGACAGCGGUUCAUGGUGGUUGCUGCCGACCGGUUUUCGCUUCACCUCGCGGUGCAGGUGGUGCUGGCUGCUGCUGUCCUCCUUGGCUAUGGCUGCCAGACGGCGUCCGCUCACCGCGUAGCAAAUGAGCAGCAGCUAGCAGCUGCCAUCAACGGGACGGCUGGCGUUACGGUCACCAUCACCAGCGACAUCGUUCUCACCAAAGAACUGCCGACUAUUCCCCACUCUAUAACUAUCAAAGGAGCCUGCGGCGGCCGCAAGUGCGUCAUUGAUGGAGCGGGCAAAUACGGCAUUUUCAGGGCUUACGGGUCGACUCCUGAAUGCUCUGUGACCAUUGAGAAUUUGUUAUUGCGCAACGCUGCUGAUAUGCCGGCUUACAUGGGCAAGUGCAACUUGAAGUUGAAAGGCGUCGAAUUUAAGAACAACAAGGCAGGCGGGGUGGUGAUCGGACUGGGACCUGCCACGUGGCACAUCCACGACUGUUUGUUCGAGGGGAACAGCGUGUCAGGUGUUGGCGGCGCGUUUGUGGUCACCUCUUCGGGUCGAGGACGACUCGAAAGGACCACGUUCAAGUCCAACCGGGCGGAAGAGAAUGGCGGGGCCGUGUACAUCGAUGCCCAGCCGGCAAACACGGUUGGUUACGUCCUCGAUCACGUCACCUUCGACUCGAACACGGCCGGGAAGGGUGGCGGCGGCAUGUACGUAGGCGGGACGUCGCAGGCUGUUGUGACGGUGUUUGUCUCGCGGUGCAAGUUCACGAAGAACGUGGCGACCGGCGGCGCGGGCGGCGGGCUGGCACUCAGGUCGUUGAUGGAUGCGCGCAUCUGUCACACCUCCAUCGCCGACGGUGGGAACAAAGCAAACGGCGGCCAAGGCAACGACCUCGCUCUGUUGGACGGCAACUAUAACCCUCAAAUGACCGUCUCUUUCUGCCCUGCACACCCGAAAUCUCUCUCCCUCCAUGUCACCGAAGUUGCCAAUCCCCCGACAGUCCGCCAUCACUGCGAGGUUUGCGAAUUGCCAAAGUAAGGGAAUAUACGUAAGCUUGAUCCCAGCCGCUUAGUUACCCCCAUUCUCGCGCACGUGUACAGUGCCCCCCGA